AGGGGAAUCUCAUGAAACUCCUCUCUGCACCCCCUCCCACUCACACAGGAUGACAGGACCUUAGACUGGACGCCCACCCCCAGUGUGGAAGCUCCAGCAUGACCGAGCCUGAGACCCUGGCCCUGCUGGAAGUGAAGCUGCCCGAGGCCCCUGAGAAGAACCCACCCCCCCAGGACCUGCUUCCUAAUGGCCGGCAGCCAGAAGGUGAAGGUGGGACCGAGUCCCACCUUCCUGGAAUUGGGUCUCUUCAGGGGGAGUUAUCAGUGGGGUCUCCCACAACCAAGGAAGCAGCUGAGGAUGGUCUCGAUAGCACCGUGAGCGAGGCUGCCACCUUGCCCUGGGGUACCGAGCCCCAUCCCUGUGCCCCUUUCCCGGAUCCUCCAGGCUGGAGGGACAUACAGUUGGAACCUCUGGAGUCAGAGCCACCUAUCAAACCUGAGGAGCUGCCCGAGGAUGAUGCCAAUCCGCUGCCUGCCAAGGCAGCCCGGGCCUUCGUGCCCAUCGAUCUGCAGUGCAUCGAGAGGCGGCCCCAGGAAGAUCUCAUUGUGCACUGUGAGGCAGCGGAGGGGGAACGCCGAGCUUUGCUGCCCGCUACCCGGCUUCCCCACCCUGAUCCCCCAGAGUGCAGGUGGGCUGAGGCGGUAGUCAAACCACCUAGCCGGUCCUGUGCAGGCUGCGGGGGCUGUGGUGGCCGCGAGGGACUGAGGGCCGUGGCCUCAGUGGGAGCCGCCCUCAUCCUCUUCCCCUGCCUGCUGUACGGAGCCUACGCUUUUCUGCCCUUCGAUGCCCCACGGCUGCCUACCAUGAGUUCCCGCCUGAUCUAUACGCUGCGCUGUGGGGUCUUUGCCACCUUCCCCAUCGUACUGGGGCUCCUGGUAUACGGGCUGAGCCUGUUAUGCUUUUCUGCCCUGCGGCCCUUCGGGGAGCCGCGGCGGGAGGUGGAGAUUCACCGGCGCUACGUGGCCCAGUCUGUCCAACUCUUUAUCCUGUACUUCUUCAACCUGGCUGUGCUGUCCACCUACCUGCCCCAGGACACCCUCAAGCUGCUGCCUCUGCUCACAGGCCUCUUUGCCAUCUCUCGGUUGAUUUACUGGCUGACCUUCGCCGUGGGCCGUUCCUUCCGCGGUUUCGGCUACGGCCUCACCUUCCUGCCGUUGCUGUGCAUGCUGGUGUGGAACCUCUACUACAUGUUCGCAGUGGAGCCGGAGCGUAUGCUCACUGCCUCGGAAAGCCGCCUCGACUACCCGGACCACGCCCGCUCGGCAGCCGAGCACAGACCCCGCCCAUGGGGCUGAGCCGUCCCUGGGGUGCGCGCCUGGACUUCGACCCCAGCGCUGACCAUUGGUCAGAGCGGGUGCUGCUCUUCACCUUCGGAGGGACCCAGGGCCUGAGCAGUCAACCUCCCUCGCGGGUUCACUGCUUUGCAGAACUCUGCCGCCGUCGCGGGGCAAGGCCAAAGCCCCUGUUUCACCUAUCUCGGCGGGGAUGGGGCCUUGAAAAAACUGGAAAUACUGCCCAUGCCCAAAGGCAGGUGGCUGAGCAUGAGAUCAAAUCAAGACUGUUGUUCUGGGGAAACUGGGUUCGGGAUCCUCCAAGACCAGCCUUUUGGACUAUUUAGCCUCUGUGGAAACCGCUUGCAGCUGCCCCAGUCCAAAACAACUGCCUCCUCCCUUCCAACCUUUAUGGGCCCCUAGAAUUUCCCACCUCUCCUGUAUGCGGGGAGGACAGACAGGGAGUUCUGUCUCCCAAGAGGUUCAGGGGUGUGUGUGUGUGUUGCAUGUAUGUGUAUGAGCACAUGGUGUCUGGGGCCUGCUUGCAUGGCACAGUGGCCGCUGUCCAUCCAGUGUAUGUGUGGGUGAUACAAUGUAACAAUAAAGUGCUACUAUAGUUUGCAUUGGC